UGGCAACUCUGUAGCAGCUAUGUUUAGUUUUUCUUCGCAUUUAAUGUUUUGAGCGGGGAUUUUCAACUUUUUCCAUAGAUGGAACCCCAAACGUCAAAAGCGUGCAAAACGCUCAAUUUUACAAUAGCAAGAAGAACUACAGAAGCUCCCCUGAAACUUGUGUCCCAAGAAGUCUCAUUUUCAGGCAGUUCUACUUACUUGGAGCUGAGCAAUUGCUGCCGCUUGUGUUUGGAGGAGCCGCAUCCUAACCAAAUGCUGGACAUGACCGUCAUCUAUGACCAGGAGGCGGUGCUGAGUUACUACGACUGCUACGAGAUCUGCACCAAGGAGGACCUGCGACAAAAUCCCAAAAACGAGCCACGAACCCUGUGCAAACGAUGUGCGGUGGAACUGCAAUGGGCCUACGACUUCCACAAGAAAGUGGCCAUUGCCAAUCAGCAGCUGAGGGAGAUAUUUGGGGCAACUGAAGCCAAUGGCGAUACGGAGCAGGAAGAAGACGAGGAGGAUGAGGCGGAUAUGAGUGAGGAGUUCUUUGUGGAGGAGAUUGAUGAGAGGCAGGAUGACCAGGAGAUGGUGGAAACCCCCGAUACUGCCCAAAGCUUAGAGGACAUUGUGCCUCGCCAUCGGUAUUCGGGGAAAUUCAACUGCACGUUCUGCCAGAAAGAGUUCAGGAAUCAUUCUCGCAUGGCCAAGCACCAGUUGAUUCAUUUGGACAAUCGUCCCAGCUUUCGGUGCAAUCAGUGCGACAGGGUUUACCUCACGAAGCAGGCGCUCAAAGUCCACGUCGAUUCGAAGCACAGGCAAUCCGGACUCCACUGCGACAUGUGCGGCAAGGUGUUUGCCAUUGCCAAAGCCCUGGAGAUUCAUAAACGCUAUCAUACCAGAGACUUUCCCUAUUCCUGUGAUCUCUGCGAUCGUCGAUUCGCACAGCGAUCCCAUUUGACUGUCCACCAGCAGGUGAAGCACUCUGGAUCCCGUUUCAUUUGCGAGUUUCCCGGCUGCCAGAAGUCCUUUACCUCGUCUUCAUCCCUCAGAAAUCACGAGUGCACACACACGGCCAUGCCAUUCGAGUGCGCCCACUGCCAGCAGAGCUAUCCAGCUCGUAACAAACUACGCCUGCACCUGGAACGUAAGCACAACAUGGUGGUGCAGAUGGAGGACCUGGAAGAAAUGCGCAAGUUUCACAUAGUGCGCUCCAAGUUGGUGAUGGCAAAGAUUUACUCUGACCAGAAUGAAUCAGACAGUGCCAGGAAUGAUAACGCUGCUGUUUCUAAAUGAAAAGUAUUUAAAAACAUUAUCCAAAGUUAGAUAACAAUAUUUAUAGUGGAGCAAACUGAAAAUUAUUGCAAACAUAAGUCUAAGUAGCAUCCAUUAUAAAACCGGUAAAAUUGCCUUACAAAUAUCACAU